AUGGACCCAAUAUUAACUGAUACGACAUCACCUUCGUUGAUCGAUUAUAUUUGUGAUACCGAUUUAAGUUCUGAGAUCAAUACUAACGCAUUAUUAACACCAUUACCUCAAAGUAAACUUGAAUACAGUGAUUCAGAUACUGAGAAUACUUACACUUUAGUGGAUUUAGAUAAACAGAACAUAAAAGACUUAACAACUUAUGAUCCUACUAUGCCAGCUUUCAUUAAUCAAUUAAUACAGCCGAGCACCAGUUCACUGUUUGACCAACAAGAACUAAAUGUGUCCAAGAAUUUGGAGACCCACGACAGCAUUACCUCUAUUGAUAGCGAAGAUACAUGGAAGCCUGCCUCAUCGUCCAGUGAUUCGGAUGAAGAUAAGUCAGUUCAAACAAUAGAAGAAGAAACAAGUGUUGGUAAAAUAGGAUAUAUGAAAAUAAAACCUUUACCAAAACGACUUUUAGCAAAAAAAAAUCGUAAGGCUGCUGUAGGGAAAUCUAUACAACCAAAGCCUUGUACGAAUAAAAAAUGUGGUAACUCAUAUGCAAAUAAAUUUACGGAAGUGAUCGCAAUAAUAUUUUUGAAAACUAUUGGGGAUUAG